CUGCCAAUCUGCUGCCAAAUUCCGCGCCGCCUGUUGCCCUAUUGAUCGUGCCGCGACGCGGUCCUCACCGAAAAUUACUCCUACGCGCGCUGCGCAGCCUACAAGGAUGCGUCACCUCGCGGUUUUGCUCACUGGAGCCUGUGCUCUGCAGAUGCCGGCACUCCAAGUCCCAUGGAAGCGCGCCGCGCGGUCGCGCCAAGUCGAGAAGUCCAGUACGGCCGUCGCCGGCGACACCGUCCUGAAGCACGGUUUAGAGGUAGCGAUGCUAAAAACAGUCCUGACUGGCUCGGCGGUCGACGAGAACGGCAACAGGAUCUCACGGACCAAGCAAGCCAAGCAGCUGUUCAAGCGGUACGGCGCCGCGUACCUCACGACGUCGAUCACGCUCUCGCUCAUCUCGUACGCCCUCUGCUGGAGCGCGGUCGCGAACGGCCUCGACAUCGUCUCGCUAUUGCGCCGGCUCGGCCUGAGUGCGGUCGUGAGCCCGACGGCCGGCGUGGGGACCAUCGCGUACGUCGCGCACAAGGCCGCGUCGCCGAUCCGAUUCCCGCCGACCGUCGCGCUGACGCCGGUCGUGUCCCGCAAACUCUUCGGGCGCGCGCUCUGAGCCUGCCUCCUCCCUUUGCCUGUUUUAAGUUUCUAUAUACC